AUGCCUUUCCUCAACAAGCCAGCAGAUAUGGCUGGCAGCGCCAUGCCAGCCAUCCUGAUCGGCUCCUUCGUCGCCUUCGGUGGUGUGCUCUUCGGCUAUGACACUGGUACGAUUGGUGGCAUUCUUGCAAUGAAGUACUGGAAGGACCACUUCUCGACUGGCUAUCGCGAUGAUAAGGGUGAUCUCAAUGUUGAUGCUAAUCAGACGUCUGAGAUUGUGUCUAUCCUGUCUGCUGGCACGUUCUUCGGCGCGCUACUCAGUGCACCGGUGGCGGACUUCUUUGGAAGACGACUGGCGAUGAUCAUUAAUACUUGUGUUUUCACUGUUGGUGUCAUUCUGCAGACAGCGGCCACUCACAUCCCACUGUUCGUCGCUGGUCGAUUUUUCGCUGGAUUAGGUGUCGGCCUGCUCUCCGCCACGAUACCACUCUAUCAGUCAGAGACAGCACCGAAGUGGAUUCGAGGUGCUAUCGUCGGUUGUUAUCAGUGGGCCAUCACCAUCGGUCUCCUUCUCGCCGCCAUCGUCAACAAUGCGACCAAGGACAGGAACGACACUGGGUCUUAUCGAAUCCCAGUCGCCGUCCAAUUCGCUUGGGCGAUUGUCCUGUGGGUUGGAAUGGCUAUCUUGCCAGAAACUCCUCGCUUCCUGAUCAAAAAGGGAGACCAUGCAGGUGCAGCUAAAUCUCUAUCUCGCCUUCGACGACUUGACAUUGACCAUCCGGCGCUUGUUGAGGAGCUGGCUGAGGUUCGUGCCAAUCAUGAGUACGAGAUGUCCAUCGGCACUGCUAGCUACUUUGCUCUCUUCAAGAAGCCGAUUCGCAAGCGACUCUUCACGGGCAUGGCUCUACAGGCUCUUCAGCAGCUUACUGGUGUCAACUUCAUCUUCUACUACGGUACAGCUUACUUUCAGAAUUCUGGCAUCUCGAACCCAUUCAUCGUUUCGGUCAUUACGUCCGUGGUGAAUAUCUCUUCGACGGUACCUGGUCUCUACCUUGUUGAGAAGUGGGGUCGCCGCCCUCUAUUGAUGUUCGGUGCUGUCGGCAUGUCCAUCUCGCAGCUCAUUGUGGCCUCCGUGGGUACUGCUCUGCCCGACAAUACCUCGGCCAAUAAGGCUCUUAUCGCCUUUGUCUGCAUCUACAUCUUUUUCUUCGCAUGCUCCUGGGGACCCUGCGCGUGGGUUGUUACUGGAGAGAUCUUCCCACUCAAGGCUCGCGCCCGCGGCCUCUCAAUCACGACAGCGUCCAACUGGCUCCUAAAUUGGGCCAUCGCCUACGCCACACCAUACAUGGUGAACGCUGGACCCGGCAACGCCAACCUACAAUCCAAGGUGUUCUUCAUCUGGGGCGGCUUCUGCUGCAUCUGCAUGGCCUUUGUGUACUUCUGCAUCUACGAGACAAAAGGUCUUAGUCUGGAGCAGGUCGACGAAUUGUACGCCAAGGUUCCCAAGGCGUGGCAGUCCAAGGGAUUCCAGCCGACGGUCAACUUCACGGAAGUCAAUGAGCUUGCUGCUGGUGACGGCAGGCGCGCUACCCUGGCCGAUCUUGAGCAGGAGGCUGGACGCAGGAAGAGCACUGUUGGCCAUGUCGAGUAUGAGAAGCAUUGA